CAAAGCGAAGCCAUUGCCACUGUGCAUUUGCCCAAAGCGCUGCAUUUUGACGCGCUGGUUUACGCUGGGUAGCUCUAUUUGUACAUAGCAUCAAAGUGCAGGCGUUGCAUGUUCACCCGCCGCCCUGCGCUUCGUUAAAGACUCAGCCAGCAGCACUGCAGCGCUGCAGCUGAAGCCCAACGCGUCCACGCCAUCGCCGCGCGCCGCGGCGUCCAAAAUUGAUCACUCCGAGCCGGCUGAUGAAACAACCAAAACGAUGCAUGUAUUGACCGACGCGCGCGUUUGACGAGACACGUUUCAAUCUCCUGACGGCUCACGGCUCUUCGCCGCGACGGCGACACCUGCACGCAAACGUCCGCGUAACCGCGCACGCCCCGCGCAGCGACACAUGCUCACCAUCGCCAUGCUCCUCGCCGCGCUGCGCCGGGGCGCGUCGCUAAACCCCGAGCGCCUCAAGCACGUGCCAAAAGGCUGGCAGGUCGCCGCGCCGUCCGCCGCCGACGCCGACGUCGUGGAACAAAGGCAGCUGGGCCACCCGGCCAACAUGGUCGGCGUGCCCGCGGUGUCGCUGUGUCGGCACGGCUACCCCCAGGCCGUCCUCCAGGACCCCGGCGCCCACAAGUUCGGCGCCGGCAUGCUGCGCCUGACGUGCCCUCACCUCUGCGAGGCCGUCGACGCGUGGGAGGCCGAGGGCGCAGUGCGCGCGCUGUCAGCAGAGCUGCUCGCGGAGGACGCGAACCGCGACGCUCUGCGAAAAGUGAACGAGCGCCACGCGGUGACUCGAAAGUCGAUGGUGCAGGGCGAGGCGCUCGCGCGGGCCGAGGCUCGUUUAGGUGCGGACACCGUGCGCCGCGUCCUCGACUCAGGCAUCACGGGCCUCACUCCGUCAAAACUGGACGACGUCAAAUGUUUGCAUGCCCAGCUCGCCGACGAACUGCUGUCGCGGGACAACGCCGUCGGGAAGAAGGUGCUCGAAGGAUUGGAGGCGCGCGGCGUUGACCCGACUGGAUCUGAAAAAUGUGGAGAGCAGUGCUCCGGCUGCGUUGAUGGCUGGCGGUACACGCCACGCAAGAACAAGCAGAAGCUGCGGGCGACGCGCGCGCGGCACAAGAAGCUGCGCGAGUUAUCGUUGGCCGGGUACGCGACGUCGUUCGGGCCGGGCCGGCCGCUCGAGCCCGGGGUGGCGGCGUCCUUGGAGAAGUGAGCGUAAUGUUUGUCGUCUGUA